AUACUACAUCUAUACCCUUAAGACAUGGACGACAAAUCCGUAGACCGGAUAUUUAUGGGGUCUUUAGUCAAUAUGCCACCCGUCAGUUCGAAAAUCGUUAGGAUAUUCACCAGUUCGACUUUCACAGAUAUGUCACUGGAACGUAAUCACUUAAUGGAAGAUGUUUACCCAAAAAUUAAGGAAUUCUGUAGAGAAAAACAUGGACUGGAAUUUCAAGUGGUAGAUAUGAGGUGGGGUGUAAGAGAUGAAGCGACCGACGACCACAUGACAACUGAUUUAUGUAUGAGAGAAAUCCAAAACUGCCAAAGAUUAUCCAUGGGACCUAAUUUUGUGGUUUUCCUGGGACAAAAAUAUGGCUAUAGACCGAUUCCCACUAUCAUCGAUGGUAGCGAAUUUCGUCAAAUUGUGGAUGCUCUGACCGUUAUGGGUUACGAUAAUACGUUGCUGAGCACGUGGUAUCAGGAGGAUACAAAUGCCAUCCCUUCUGUUUUCGUUCUACAACCGAUAAGCUCCAUCUUACCGAACUUCAAUAACAAGAGAAUGCCACAACUGCAAGCUCAAGAUCAGUCGACUUGGUGGACAACUCUGGAAAAUCUCCAAAAAUUUCUUCGAAUUGCGGCUCAGGCUUUGUACGAAACUAAGAAAAUGGAUAAGGAUGCAAUGCAUAAUUACAUGAUGUCAGUGACGGAAAGAGAAGUUAUUAAUGGUAUCCUCAACGUAAAAGAUACAAAAAAUCAUUGCCUUGCUUACGUACGCCAUAUAAAUAAUAUAAAUAUGGGAAACUUGAGAGAAGCUUCUAAAUUUAUCGAUGUUAUCAAUAAAAAUAUCGACGUGGAGGCUCAAAAUUUGUUAAAUAAUCUUAGAGACGAAAGACUUGUAGAAAAGAUAGAAAAGUCCAAUUUUAUGAAGUACACGGUGGAAUGGAAUGGGAAGGACGGAUUAGAUGACGAAACGCAUGCUGAUUACUUAAAACACUUUAAGUGCCAUUUUUAUAAAUACAUAACAAAGCUAGUUGAUAGAGCUAUGAGAAAAGAAGAUUUAUCCUCUCAAGGGCAGAUUGUAACAGAGAUAUUACAACACUUGUAUUCUUGCAAGAACACAGCAGAAGUUUUUCAAGGAAGAGAAGAGGAGUUGCAAUAUAUAAAAGACUACAUUACGAACACCUGCAAUAGGCCUUUGGUGCUUCACGGCGAUGGAGGAAGCGGAAAAACAUCCCUUCUAGCCAAAGCUGCUAGUAUGGUGCCAACGUGGUGCCAAAAUCAGAAAGCCAUACAGAUUAUACGUUUCUUGGGCACGACACCCGACUCUUCCUCGGUGGUGCCCAUGUUGGCUAGCAUAUGCCAACAGAUCUGUUACAAUUAUUUAAUUCCUUUGACUGAAGUCCCCGAUGAACAUAUACCUCUAAUUGUAUAUUUUAAGCGUUUGUUGAGCCAAACUACCAAAGAACAGCCCCUGUACAUAUUUUUAGACUCGGUUGAUCAAUUGGCAUCUGCAAACAAUUCAAAUAAAUUGACAUGGCUGCCGACGAGACUCCCUCCCAACGUCAAGCUUGUAGUAUCGGCAGUAUCAGAGGGAGAAUGUAAAGAUUUUGAGAUUUUGUCGAAGAUGAUACAAGACACAAAAUGUUUUCUUCGUGUGUUGCCCUUAAGUGAAGACGUAGCAACAUAUGUCAUUAAGGUAUGGUUGAAACGUGAAGGAAGAGGAUUGAGUUCGUAUCAGUGGAGCAUCGUGCAGAGUGCAAUAUCAAAAUGCACAUUGCCUAUUUUUGUAAAAUUGGUUUAUGCAGAGGUGAUCAGAUGGAAAUCUUACACUAGGAUCAGUAGUAACAGUUUAGCUUACACUGUAAUGGAUAGUAUCAUGAAAUUAUUUGAUAGAAUAGAAACACAGCAUGGCAAAUUGCUGGUCUUUCACGCAUUAGCAUAUAUUACAGCUUCUAGAAACGGAUUGAGCGAAUCAGAACUCGAAGAUCUUAUAUCUUUGGACGACAUCGUCUUGGACGAUGUGUAUCAAUACCAUUUACCACCUGUUAGAAGGAUUCCUCCUCUGUUAUGGACACGUAUACGCAGAGAUCUUCCAAAUUACUUAACUGAGAGGGAGGCCGGUGGCAUUUCUGUUAUGAAUUGGUACCACAUACAAUUCCGUCAGGCUGCCAUCGAGCGUUAUUUCAAAAAUCAAAAUACUGUUAACUACUUCCAUUCCUCCAUAGCCGAUUACUUUUUGGGAAAAUGGGGAGGAGGAAAGCCGAAACCGUUCACUUAUACAGAAAUGCAGAAACAAAGAUUCAAUCUUAAGGACAAAUCGGGUGAAGCGGAUCGUAAAGUACCCUUACAGCCUCUGUAUUUUACGAGCAAGGACGGCAAGAUACGUUAUAAUCUGAGAAAAUUUGGAGAACUGCCGUAUCAUUUAGUUCGAAGUCAGAGGUUUGAUGAUAUGUUUAAUGAGGUUCUGUUUAAUUAUUCAUGGCUACACAGUAAGUUAGCCAGUUGCCCAUUGCAGUCUGUGUUAUCAGAUUUUGAAGAUACCUGCAAUAACAUCUCUAACACAGCGGUUGUAAGAGAAAUGAAUCUUGUGGCCGAUGCAUUAAGAUUAGGUGGCGCUGUACUUAGUCACUAUCCCGACAUGCUGGCUAGCCAGUUACUGGGUAGAUUGCUACCUUUAAAAAACUCUUAUAAACUUAUACAAUGUUUGUUAAACGAGUGCGAUCACUUGGGACCCGAACAUUGCGCUUUGCUUCCAUCGUACCAUUGUUUGCAUACUCCAGGAGGCCCAUUGAAGUACUCAUUGGAAGGCCAGCAAUUUGCAGUUUUUGGCUUUGUUCUGACUUCGGAUAAGAGAUACAUCCUAUCCGUCUCAAACAGAUUUAUUAUGUGGGAUCUAUCGACCGGAGAAAUUACUCGAGAUAUCAAUCCUGAUAUACCAGGAAUCAUGCAAACUCUAGUAUUAACAGAAGACGACAGAUUUGCCGCUUCGUAUACUAAUUACGACGAUAUUUUGAUACUUAAUCUACUUUCUGGAGAUGUUUAUAAACGAAGAAUCGAGAGCGACGUAGAAAAUUCUAUAAUAGGGCUCAGCAUAACAAAUUCGAGUGUUAUCGCAUGGAGUGAGAAAGCUUGGUUAGUUUUUAAACUCGAAACAAAUGUUUUAGAUGAAAAAUACGUCUUGGAUGAUGAAAAUUUAACUUUAAUCAGCGUUUUAUAUGAUAACUGCAGUGAUUAUCAUCUACUUCUUAAUAAGAAAGAUGGCGAAACUCAAUUAUUAAGGAGUUUUAUAAAUGGUAAAUAUCUCAAAGAUAUACAUUUCAAUGGUGGAUUAGUGUUCAGUGAGAUUCGCCAUUUUGUUUACUUGGUACAAUCGAAUAUUAUUGGAGGAUAUACAAUUACCGGCUACGAACUGUGUAAAAAUUCCGGGUGGUGUCAAGCUAAAGUGUUCUAUAGUACACCCCAGAAGGUGCUUCAGUUAGAUCUCGUUGGAAGAAACGAAUGCAUAUGUGUAACCGUCUCUCUGGGAUUUAGCAUCUGGAAUAUAGAAAAAAAGAAAGAAGUAUCGCUAUCCCUCCCGAAAAACGUGAGAAACAUAUCAAUUAAACCGUUGAAAUCUCAAAGUUCUCUAGUUCUAACAAAGAACAAGAUGUAUGCCUUGGGUGGAGUUAGGAAAUAUCUGUACCUAUGGGAUAUGGAAAGCGAAAGAAUGGUCAAAACCAUAGAUGCUCAUUUCGGGCGCAUACUUGGCUUGAAGACACUCACAGUAGAUGAAAUGGAUGCUGUUGUAUCCUCUUCCAUUGACAGAACGGUGAAAGUAUGGAAUAUUAAGAAUAUUUUCGAGCAAGUUCACGUGAUCGAUAGAAUGGAAAGCGCCAUAGAUGCAGUUUAUUUGGUCGACGUUCAUAAUUUAGCCGUAACUGUAACAAGAAGUUGUAUUGGAAUAUGGGCAUUGACCACAGGAAAACUAAUAACAAAGUUAGCCGACAGCUCUAUUGGUGCCAUUGUCACUCACGCAGCAGUCACUUCUAGUGGCAGAUAUAUAAUAUGCGCGGAAUCUGGAAACUGUUUAGUGUGGGACAUGGAAAUUGGGGAAGUGACAAAGAGGAUACCUCAUAAAAAUAUUCUGCAAAUUCUUCUGGUUCAGGAUUCUAAAAUGUUGAUACUCUCGCAAGAAAAGGAGAAGCAAAUCCUGUGUACAUAUUUAAGUCUUCCAAGCUGCGAGGAGGAAUACAGCUUUACCUACCAGUACACCAUUUUUAGAAAAAUGGUGGUGACCUGCAAAGGGGAGUAUCUAGUAUUUGUAAAUACGGAAAAAGAAAGGGAAUAUAUUACUGUAUACAGUACUGAAACAGGAGUUUACCUCCAUAAAAUACCACUGAGAUUACGCGCUCUUAAAGGUUUCACUGAAUUAAUUGCCAUACCCAAUAACAACGAUCAAGUGGGUUUAAUCGGGGGGUCUAAAUCGUGCAUUAUUGACAUAAAAGCGAAAAAGCUAGUAAGGAUUUACAGUAAAUGGAACGGAUCUUGCACUAGAGAUGGUAAAUUAGGUUUACACUCUCCUUCUAAAGGCGGUUUGGAAUUAGUAGAAUUGAGAAAAGGGACGAUCACCAAAGUGCUUCUUCCACAAAUUUCCGAAGGUGUCUUCAACGUGGUAGCAAAAUUUACAAGAUCCGAUCGUCACGUUAUUUACUACCACAGUGGCAAGAGGACUAUCAGUUUGUUUCGAGUUAAGGAUGGGAAGAUGAUCGCCAAUUACAGAUUAUCAGCGGAAGCUAAUGCCAUCACCAGCACACGAGACGGUUUAUCUAUAGUGGUGGGUGGUAUCGAUGGUAGUUUUGUGGUUUUAUCGGUAGUAGACCCCGACAUACCAGAGACUAAAACACGUUUGGCUUCUCUACCGAGCAGGACUGAUGACAAUAAAAGCCCUCUGAGCAUUUACUGUAAGAACAACGGUAAAAUAUCUUUUAAAUUUUAUUGAUAGAGGGAAGAUUUUAACCAUAGAGGAUUGAAAAAGGAAAUCCUUCUCCUGUUCAUAAAGAAAGUUCUAAGAAGAUCCUUCUCCCAUUCCCGAAGGAAAUUCUAGGAAGAUCCUUCUUAACAUAUCAAAAAUUACGUAUUGAAGCCACUGGAGUUGAAUUUUGUACAUGGUGCCAAAUUUAUUACGCUCGUCCUGUAUAUUUUCUGUACGUCAAGUUGGAUUUUUUUGUUCGAUUGAUGGUCAGUGAUGUAAUGUAACAGUACAAAUCGAUUAAUCAACAUCGAGAAUGACGUCAGAACGUAUUUUUAGAUAUAAAAAUCUUUCUGAAUUACCAUCACUCUAUCAUAUUGAUUAUUUAAAUUAAGUGAUGUUAAUUAUUGAUCCGUAGCGUGGCUUUUGCUUUCUACAGCUUAAAAAAAAGGGGGAUUAAUAUUCUUUGUUUGCCACUCUCUGUUAAAAAAUAAUUUUUAAGUACAAAUACUUUUUAUUUGUCUUCGUUUUUAUAUAUUAAAUUAAGAAUAUUUUGCAAUUCAUGGCAUUUAAAUUCGUGAAUAAUGUUUUAUCUAGAAACCAUAAAGAAUAUAUUCUUGUAUCAAAUUUCAUUACUAUGCGUUGUAGGAACUUGAAAAAU